CAAGUCAGGGCAAAGUCAGAGUCUUUAGAUGUUAACUUCAACUUGACAAACUCUUCAGAUUCCUUCGACUUUCCAUCCCUAACCUCACUCAUGGCACCUCUCAAUCUCGCACUCAUCUUGAGUCUUCUCUCGCAAUUAUCAUUCCAGGUUUCAUCUUCCGGCCUUCCCCCAGAUCAGCUCACCCUUCUUGGCAAUCCUCAAUGGUCCACUCCUCCUGACAUUAAUCCCACCGGCGAGACCGUUUGUAAUCUUUCUGAAUGGUCUAGAUCAAUCAAAAGCCAAUUCUUGGCAGAGAUAUCUGAUGGACGUGCAAAUGAAUGGGUAAUCGUUAUGGGUAAUGAAGCUGGAGAUACUGACUCAAUGGCCGGGGCGAUCGGUUGGGCAUAUCAUCUCACCCACCUUAAAAAGCACCCUCAAAAGGCAAUCUCGUUGCUACAAACAGUUGAGGAUGCACUUGAUUUGAGGCCAGAGAACCAGUUAGCUCUUGAGCGUUCUCGGAUGUCUCCUCGUCAUCGCGAUUUGCUUACUAUCGACGAAUUGCCGAUCAAACCCUUUGAACUUUCCCGACAUAUUGGUGGGAUUGUCUUAGUCGAUCACAACUUCCCUGACCCGGGCUGGCGCCACGCACCAGUCGUCUCAAUCAUCGACCAUCAUGUCGAUAUGAAGACCAACUUGACUGCCGUUCCGCGUGUUAUAACUACCUCCGCCUCUUGCUCGUCAUUAGUGUCCAAACUCAUCCUAGAUGCGAAUGAAGAGGGAAAGCAUCGGGAGUUUGGAAAACGAAGUCAUCACUUUCCGGACGAACUUCUUUUCUUGCUCUUGCGUGCCAUAGCGCUCGACAGUGGGGGACUGAAGUCUAGCAAAACAUAUGACGUUGAUCUUCGUUCCGCUCUUCGACUCUUCAGGCGUACUUCUACCUAUCAAGAUCGGCUCGAUGCUCAAAUGAUGGGAGAACUUCAAGCUGAGAUGGCAGAAGCAAGAAGUCAGUUGAAACCCCUUGACCUGAGGGACCUCCUUCGACGAGACUGGAAAGCAAAUGCAUUACGUACCAAGUCCAGUGAUUAUCCGAUCCUCACACUUGGCUUUGCCUCCAUCCCUUAUUCACUCGUUACUCAAAUCAACCGCACUCCAGAAGCUACUAUCCCUGAGUGGUUCGCGAUUCAGCGUGCCUUUACAUCUGAAAUUGGUGCCGACGUGUCGGUAAUUCUUACUAAAUUCAGCCCCACAGACAUCAAAGAACAUGAGCUCGGCGAUCAAGAGCGAGAGCUGGUGAUCGUGGUUGCACACGGAUGGGGCAAGCGGUUGAAUUCAAGUGCAGCAACCGAUUUAUUCAAAACUCUGUGCGCGGCUGCAGAGAGCGGACUCGAAGGCCUUGUACCAUGGCAUCGUCCGGACGGCAAAAGCAUGUUACCAAGAAGAAUGGCCUGGAGAGGACUACAGGUCGGUCGAAAGGUCGUGAUGCCAUUGGUACAAGAUGCGGCAAGAACAUGGGCUUACCAACAAACCAUUCAAAAUCAUGAGUAGUAGUCGUUUCAAAUCUGGAAAGAUGUAGAUUGCGUUUUCUUUGCAUAAAACUUUUUGCAUUUGCAUUUUUCAUUUCAAUAGCAUCUAUGUGUUUCAUCUGAUUUUCUUCAUCGUCCAGCAAAGUUGUAAUAGUUUUUUUUAUUGAUAGUCUUUGUGUUCAAGUUUUGUUCUCGAGGAUUCACUUUAGACGCCAGGAGUCCAUCAUUUGUAAGAUUGUUUCUAUCUCAAAUGUAACAUCGUUGUAGCAUCCUGCAGCAUCUGUGCAAAUGCAAAUGUUUCUUUACAAGAUCACUACGUACUGCAUUUUGUCUCAUUGUGUUUUGGAAUGUUGAAAUGAGCAUU